AUGUUAUCUCCACAACCCACUUUCCUAAUCUCACAGGUGAGAUUGUUCGGCCCGGCAGUCUUUGAGUCAAAGAAGCUUCAGGUGGUGUUCAUGGGAGCAGAGGAGGAGCAACAUCCAGCACACGCGCCACUGCCCCGGAUGUACACUUUCACCCACUCGGACGUCACUGCUGGGCUCACCCUCGCCAUUGCGCACGAAUUCAACAAAUCUCAGUUCAUGGGCUGGUACUCUCGGCUGCAGAGGGACGAGGUGCUUGCAGUGUGGCGCCAGCACUGCAGCUUAGCAGACUUCCGUUCGCCCUACUUGAGGGACCCUUGGCAAGAGACUGGAGCAGAGAAGACACAAUCUCAACUCAGCUACGGGGCACAAAGAGUGGCCGAAGCUAUUGGUAUAGCAGCUGAGAAGGAGCAUCAGUGGCCGGUUGAAGAGAUAAGAGUGGCUAUGGCAGGCUUCGAAAUCCCUCCACCUCCAUAUGAGGGUGAUAGCAACUAA